AAGCAUAAGUAGGAGAAUCAAAAGAACGAUGAAUGAAAUAGCGCGCGUACUUUUUUAUUGAAUGAAUUUACGCGUGUUGUGUGUCACGUGACUCCGCACGCGUUGCUUGGCAACGCAAUCCAUUUGUACGAUGUGUACAGUCGCAUGGCCGCGAGUUAGUUCGUCAGGUAUUUGAAUCGCAAGAGAUAAUUGGUCGCUUAAGUUGCGAUUGAUAAGUUGUUAUCGGUCUUCUCUGUGAUAAUCGUACCAAUUAUGUUAUUCUUUCGUAGCUCAAAAACAUGUGCAAUUGAAUUGAAUAAACGUUACAAGGCAUAGAGUCCUUUUCACGUAGAAAUAGAAGAGGUUAAGGAAACCUAACCUGAAACAUUUUGUUUUGCUCUCUAUAUUUAUAUUUUAAUAUUUGUUAUUCCAAUAAAAUGACAGAUAUUGUAUGUUUCUCAUGUUAGGAAAAAUCAGUGAUAUUGAAGUAAGGAAAAGAAAAUAAUAUUACGGUGGUUUAUACAGCUUUCUUGUCAUUAUUUGACACGAUUGUGUACAGUGUUGAUUGAUAAAAGGUAAAUAUAACCUGCUGGUGUUACCAAAUACACAAUGAGUAAAUACAGAAAAGAGGAAUCCACGAGUGAGGACAGUGAUAGUGAGGAGGAAAGACGUAAGAAAGAUAUUAAAGAAAGAGAUGAGUUUGCUAAUCGACUGAAAGCAAAGGAUGAAAGUAAAAUACGCAAGGUGGCUAUGCCAGCCGGUUCAGGAGCAGCCGAGGCUGCCAAGAGACUCAAAAUUAUGGAAACAGAUAUGCGAGAGAAACUGGUACCAAAACUGCGUGUUGAGUCUCGUAGGAAAUACUUGGAGAAACGCAAAGAGGAUAAGGUGGCUGAAUUGGAAGCUGAUAUAAUCGACGAUGAAUAUCUGUUCGAAGAUGAAAUAUUAACAGAAAGGGAAAGGAAAGAGCGGGAACAUAAAAAGCAGUUGCUUCAGUUAGCCAAAGAACAUGAGAAAGCCAGAGAACUUGAAAGGUUGCAACGUUACUAUAUGCCUUUGGAAAAGGGAAAGGUGGCACCGGAAUUAGAAGUUCCCGAUAACGAACCGCCACAAUCCGAGCAAAGCAAAUGGGAAUCUGAUCAGAUGUCUUCUGCUGUCUUUCGAUUUGGCGCAAAAGACAGAAAAGCACAACAGGAUUAUGAUCUUCUGCUGGAGGAUGAAGUGGAGUUCGUUCAAGCGUUACGUAUGCCUGGCAGUGAGAAGAACAGGAAACGCGAGGAUAGUCCUCCUCCGCAAGUAAAGGCGUUACAAACUAUACAGGAGACAAAAAGGAGUUUACCGAUCUAUCCCUUUAGAAAUGAUCUCAUUCAGGCAAUCAAAGACCAUCAGGUGCUGAUAAUCGAGGGAGAAACGGGUUCAGGGAAAACUACGCAAAUUCCUCAAUACCUAUACGAAGCUGGAUUCGCAGAGAAUAAUAAAAUUAUCGGCUGUACGCAGCCAAGAAGGGUAGCUGCCAUGUCCGUUGCUGCGAGAGUUGCUCACGAAAUGGCUGUUAAAUUGGGAAAUGAAGUGGGUUACGCGAUUCGUUUCGAGGAUUGCACCUCUCAUCGCACUCGUAUCAAAUACAUGACCGAUGGUACCCUGCACCGUGAAUUUCUCAGCGAACCAGAUUUAGCUUCUUACAGUGUUAUGAUCAUCGACGAAGCACACGAGCGUACCUUACAUACGGAUAUCUUGUUUGGUUUAGUAAAGGAUAUAACAAGGUUUCGAACAGAUUUAAAACUCCUAAUUUCGUCCGCUACGUUAGAUGCUUCGAAAUUUAGUGAAUUCUUCGACGAUGCACCGAUAUUUCGGAUACCUGGUCGCCGGUUUCCCGUUGAUAUUUAUUAUACCAAAGCACCAGAAGCGGAUUACAUCGACGCCUGCGUAGUCUCCAUUCUUCAAAUACACGCCACUCAACCACCUGGCGAUGUACUGGUGUUUCUAACAGGUCAAGACGAGAUAGAAACAUGUCAGGAAAUGUUGCAAGAAAGAGUAAGGCGACUAGGUUCGAAAUUAGGAGAACUGUUAAUUCUACCCGUAUAUGCUAAUCUUCCAAGCGAUAUGCAAGCAAAAAUAUUUCAACCCACUCCGCUUGGAGCGAGAAAAGUAGUUCUUGCUACGAACAUAGCAGAAACAUCAUUAACGAUAGACAACAUAGUGUACGUGAUAGACCCUGGAUUCGCGAAACAGAACAAUUUUAAUUCCAGAACAGGCAUGGAAAGUUUAAUGGUUGUGCCAAUUAGCAAAGCUUCUGCGAAUCAGAGAGCAGGCAGAGCUGGAAGAGUAGCACCAGGAAAGUGUUUUCGACUGUACACAGCUUGGGCUUACCAACACGAACUCGAAGACAAUACCGUGCCUGAAAUUCAGAGGAUCAAUCUAGGAAAUGCCGUGCUAACCCUGAAAGCUCUGGGAAUAAACGAUUUAGUCCAUUUCGACUUCCUGGAUCCUCCGCCGCAUGAAACAUUGGUCUUAGCUUUAGAACAGCUGUACGCGUUGGGAGCUUUGAAUCAUCGCGGAGAAUUGACGAAACUGGGUCGAAGAAUGGCUGAAUUUCCGCUAGAUCCUAUGAUGGCGAAGAUGUUGCUGGCUAGCGAACAAUAUCGCUGCUCGGAGGAAGUAGCCACGAUAGCUGCCAUGUUAUCUGUGAACGGGGCCAUAUUCUACAGGCCUAAGGACAAGAUCAUUCACGCAGAUACGGCUAGAAAGAAUUUCCAUGUGCCUGGUGGCGAUCAUUUGACUUUAUUGAACGUGUACAAUCAGUGGCAGCAAAGUGAUUUUAGUACUCAUUGGUGUUACGAGAAUUUCAUUCAACAUCGAUCAAUGAAAAGGGCUAGAGAUGUUAGGGAGCAAUUAGUUGGAUUGAUGCAGCGAGUCGAGAUGGAACUUGUGUCGGGUAUCACGGAAACGCUGAAUAUCAGGAAGGCUAUCACAGCAGGAUAUUUCUAUCACGUGGCAAGAUUGUCAAAAGGGGGUCACUAUAAAACUGCAAAACAUAAUCAGACGGUUUCCAUUCACCCUAAUAGCUCGUUGUUUCAAGAGCUGCCACGUUGGUUACUUUAUCAUGAGUUGGUUUUCACUACAAAGGAAUUUAUGAGACAAGUGACAGAGAUCGAGAGCAAGUGGCUUUUGGAGGUAGCACCUCAUUAUUACAAACCAAAAGAACUGGAAGAUUCUACGAAUAAAAAAAUGCCGAAAGUUGCAGGACGAUCGCACCCAGACGGAACCUACUAAUGGUCCUAAUAAUUAAAUAACCAUGGAUCUUUUCAUUUGUAUAAAAAGAAACUGUACAAACAGCUCUGGCUUUUGAAUGCAAUUUUUUAUAAUAUAGAAAGUAACAAGCCUAGCUACAAUGUACUAUACAAGAGUUUGUAACUAAUAAAUCGUACUAUUUAUGUUACUUUAUUAUAAAUGCAUUUUAUUUUAAUAAAAAUUUACACAAAAUAUAAA